ACCAUAACUUCACAGAAAAAUAAAAUCAAGGACUUAGAAUAUGACCAAUUCAACUUGAGACUUAGCAAUAGUGUGCUUAAAAGGUAAAUAACCUUUCAAAAUCAUGUUAUCAAGACCUGUUGUAUCACCUGAAGCCUUCCAGGCCAUGCAGAAUGUCGACAUCGAUGCCAUCGUGAAGCUAGGAGAGAAUAAACUGAGGGUAUUGCUGCCAUGUCUCGUUCGCAUGUCGCUUUGUGCUCCUUUGGACACCAGCAACAAUUGGGUCCAGGGACGCAAGAAGCUUCUACGUGUUCUCUCCGGCCUGGAAGUCGUCAACUCUAUCGUAGCACUCCUGUCCGUCGACUUCAGUACGCUUGAACAAGAUGCUUUGAAAGAAGCGAAGAUGAGGCAAAAACUUGGAGAUGCUGAAAACCACUUGACCGCUCACAUCCAGCAUGGCUUAGCUUUGGAGUUUGAGAAGAGUGAUUCUGCUAGACGUUUAAGGUUACUCAUCAGUGAAAUCCUAUUUAUAUCUAGUCAGAUUAAGGAACCAACUGAUUUCACCCACCGAGCUUGUGAGCUCUUUGAGAAUGAGGUUUACAAGGAAGAAGUAUCUGAUGUACUGUGCAUUGCACAAGCAGAGUUACCCUCCUUGUUACCUGUAAAUAGACUUGCAGAGGUUUUACUGAGAGUAAAGCUGGGACCAUCCAUGUUAUGUAGACUGGUAGCUAAUGUUCCAGAUAGCUUCUUUCAAGUUUGCAAUGUUUUGAUUAAGAGUGGGGAACGACAGGAUGAGGACAGCACGGGCGGAAGACGAAGGACUGAGAGUUUAAGACUAUUAGCAGCUAUGAAUCCCAGUCAGACACUCAAACUCAGAGCUUUAGCUGUUGAGCAAUGUCGUCUGCCAGGUCUAGCAGUAGCUCUGUCCCUAGACCAUGCUAUGAGGAGUAAGGCUGUCGGAGGUCAGGGUGAUAUGGUUAGCUUCUUGAGUGGUCUUCUCCUUGGUAGCAGUUCAACAGUACGGAACUGGUUUGCUCAGUUUGUACGUAGCAGUCAGAAGAUGAAGCAAGAGAAUACCAUGUUACAGUGUCUCAGGGAUCACCUUCUUCAAGAACUCAAAUCAAUCACUCCGUCUACAGAACACUUUGGUUACCUCGCUGCCAAAAAUGUGGUACAAGCCAGUGCCUUCAUGAGGCUGUACUGUGCUCUCAAAGGCAUUGCUGGAAUGAAAUUCAGUGAGAUAGAAACCAAGCAGCUAUUGCGUCUUCUGACCAGCCACCCUCCUCCCACUGCUGCUGGCAUUAGGUUCAUCUCUAUGGGUCUUUGUAUGCUACUUGCCUGUCCAUUCUUAGUCAGUGGUGAUGAUGAGAAAAUAGUAACACAAUGGAUUAACUGGUUGGUUAAAGAAGGGCAUAGAUUUGAGACGGAGAGUGGUAUAAGCGCUUCUUUCAGUGAGAUGUUGCUUCUGAUGGCCAUUCAUUUCCAUGCAAAUCAGAUGCAGGCUAUUGUUGAUUUAGUGUGCACCACUCUUGGAAUGAAGAUUGCUAUGAGAACAAACUCUCUUGCUAAGAUGAGGCUCCUUUUCAUUCAAGAUAUAUUCACAGAACAGGUUGCAGCAGCACAUGCUGUGACUGUAGCAGUUACACCUAAGCUGAGUGCAUCAACUACAGGCUUUCUACCAGUUCACUGUGUGUUUCAUCUACUGAAGAGCAGGGCAUUCACCAAACACAAUAUCCCAAUCAAAGAUUGGCUGUUCAGACAGAUUUGCAAUGCAACCCCUCCCCUCCACCCUCUACUCCCUCCUCUUAUUGAAGUGUUUGUGACCUCAGUAGUCAUGCCCACCCAGUCUGGCUCCAAGCAUCUACGGAAUGCUCCACUAUCUGAGAGGGAGAUCCUGUCUGUCUUUAAAUCAUCAGCUGUGUCCUUUGUAAGUGGGUCAGAAGUCAUGGAGGUAGAUGAGAAGGCAGAGAUUGGGGAGGAAGAACGAAUGACGGCACAACUUCUCAUGCUCUACUAUGUGCUUCUGUAUGAAGACUCUGUGCUGAAUAAUAUGAAACAUCUCAUGAUCAUCAACGAACGCCCCUUGACCUACUCCAGUCAGCUCAUCUCCCAGCUUCCCAUCAAGUACCUGGUACGACAUGCCCAAAUCAAUCAGACAGAGUAUGGCUCUCUCUAUCCUACAUUACUACGCUGUGUGUCAACACACUACCCUCAUCUGUGCCUGGUGGAGGAGUGGCUGGCAGACGAGGUUGAGGAGAGAACAAGACAGAGAAUGAGGAAGAGGAAGAUUGGAGGAAGGAAGAUGAUGAGAGAAAGUUGUACACCAGAAGAGCUUAGGACAGCUUUAGCCACAGUCUUGACAAACCCUACCCCGGCCGUCCUGAUCUUAGAAUCACUUCUUGACCGGGACAAUCCUCAACUCAUGGAAUACUCAGAUACUCUUGUGGCUAGUCUGUCAGGAUUGCUUGACCCACAGGUCCCUCGGAAGGUGACCAGUAUGGCGGUCAGUCUCUGGCACAAAUUAAACACUGUCAUGCCAAGAAAAUUACAUGUACUGACUGUCAAUGCGCUGGUCAAGACAAAACCGGUAACACCAUUCAAUGAGGAAGAUUUGACCCUUGACCCCCUUAUAGUACUAAGGUGUGAUUUGCAGGUUUUCAGGUGUCCACCCAUCCUGGAGAUAGUCCUGCAGACCCUUAGAGCUUACCUAGCAGCAUGCAGAGCAUACCUGUCCUCACAUAUCCUAUCAAACCCUACCGUAGCCAGGGCUAGACCAGACACAAGCAGUCCUACAGCCUUGCCAUCACAGCAGGAGAGGGAAGAACUCAAAGCAGCUCUGCUCAUCACACAAGAGAGUGGUGCUAUGCAGAUCUUAUUGGAGAUAUGUUUGCCAUUUGAUAAAGAGAAAGUUGAAGAGAGUCGUCUAUCAUGUCUGAGAGAGAUCCAAUGCCAGGUGUGUUCCUUGUUACAUCAGAUGUUCAUUGCCGACCCAAACUUGGCCAAGCUCAUCCACUUUCAGGGGUAUGCAAGUGAACUCCUUCCAGUGACUGUAGCAGGUAUACCUUCUAUGCAUAUCUGUCUUGAUUUCAUCCCAGAGCUACUGGCACAGCCUGACAUGGCCAAACAGGUGUUUGCAAUUGAAUUGACAUCUCAUCUUUGCCUCCAGUAUGCAUUACCCAAGUCACUUAGUGUAGCAAGAUUAGCCAUCAAUGUAAUGUCAUCGUUAAUAACAGUUCUGACUGGUGAACGAUGGGCAAUAUUCUACAAGGCAACACUGCCCUCUAUAGUGCGUAUCUGUCGAGCCUUCCCUCCACUCUAUGAAGACAUCACCUCAAUUCUGGUCCAACUAGGAAGAAUGUGUGCAUCUAGGAUAGCUACAGCAGGCAACAGCCCUGAUUAUAUCGGGAGUGAUGCAGAGCUGGCACAGAUGAUGAGCAGGGAAGGACAGAGAGCUAGCGCCCUCCGGAGUAAUGAGAAGAACAGUGACAGGGUGGUACAGAAAGCGGUAGAAGACACGUUUGCUGAGAUUGUGAGACUUGCCAUACUCCAGAAAGACAGUGAAUGAAAAAGACUAUUAUCAGGAUUCGGACACGAAGUGGUAGAAUGCACGUUUGUUCAGAUCGGAAGACUUGCCAUACUCCAGAAAGAAGGUGAAUUAGAAAGACCACAGGCGGGUAGUGGAGAGAAAGUAAAAGGAGGCGGCGGCAUGCUUGUUGAGAUUAUCCAUUGAUUCACUAUGAGAAAGUCAACAGUCAAUAGAUGAGAAGAAAAUCAUUGAUAUUGGUGAUGGUGUUUACCACCAAGAAAUGUGAAGCUUAUUUGUUGGAUAUAUCUCUGUUACACUUCCAAGGACUACCAUUAGAGAUAUGUAAGAAAUUUUACCAGACUUGAUAUUUCCACCAUUGGGCACAUGGCAGCUGUCAUUUCUUCUUUUUUUCAGCAUACCGCCACAUACUCAUUACAAGAGCCCGAUGUCAAUCUGGGACCUGUUUUAUAACACAUGUUAUCAAAUAACACAAAAUAAAGUGCUACAAGCUCUUAAGCCAAUAAAAGUGCAGGAUUUCAGUAGCUUAUAAAGUCUCUUGUAUCUUGUCAUUGAUACAAGUUUGAAGAAAGUACACCCAGUUGCACUGUAAAAGGGCAAUUGUUUGAAAUACCGGUAACCUUUGUAUGUCCAACCUUCAUUAUUUUCCAUGUAUUUCACUUUAAAAUGAAGCACAAGGUGAAGAUAUUAUUAAGAAAGGUUCCUUAGUAUACUUUAUGGACUUGCCCUUAAGCAGGAGAUAAAUGGUCGAUUGCGAAAAUUUAGAAAGUCUAAUGUGAUAUGAUUAAUCAGUAAUGUGCUGCAUCACCUAUUUUUGUAAUGAACAAGUUUUAUUUCUGAUGACAAUCUGAUGGCCCUUCUCAAAUUUCUGAAAAUAUCAAAAAUCAUGUUUUUUCUUGAGAAGGGUACCACCCCCCCCCCCCCCCCUGGACCAGUAUUGAAGGAGAGAAAAAUUGAGAAGGCAGAAUAACAGAUGCUUAUUUACUCGAGUAUCAUUUUUCUUACAUGUUCUAGCUUAUUAUUUAUUGAUGUCUUUUCCUUGGGGGAGAAAAAUGACUGCUUUAUUUCUGAAAUUAGUGCAGGGUAUGUUGUUUAACAUGCAAUCAGAGGAUGAAGCACAAGGAAGUCAAAGCAAGAAGUCAGAAGGGGAAGUAUAAAGUAUAGCACAAAAGUAGUGAUCAAGGUCUAGUUUAUUAUUUCACCAAUGUUCCAUUUUCAAAUCUGUACUUGCUAUAUUUGUGCUGUACAUUGAACCGCCCCUUUGUUAUGUCUCGCUUUCAUUCAUUUGAGCAUCAUACUCUGUUGAGUGCACAUUUAAAAGCUUCCUAAAUGUCUUGAUCCUGCACUGUUUUCUUUUGUGUUUAAUUAACACAAUCAUUCCAUCUACAUUUUUUAUAAAAGGGGUUCACCAAGCAAACUGAUGAAAAUUUCAUUGAAAUCUGAUCACAAUUUUAGCAAUAUUUUGUGAACAGUUACAUGCACGCAGUCAUGAAUAUUUAUUGGGUGCACCGAUGAUAUCAUGUCCCCUCUUUCCUUUUCUAAUGUUAUUACAUUAUAAUAUAACUUCAUAUAAUAAAAUACAACAGAAUAAGUGGGGAUUAUGACAUCAUCAGCCUGCUCAUUGCAUAUUCAUAAAGAGAAGUACAGAACUGUUUCACUAAAAUAAUGCAGAGGUAUAUGUCAUAACAUUGUUAUUCCUUGUCCAAUUUUGAUGAAAUUUUCGGUGUUUUGUUUGUCUCCAGACUUGAGAACCUCUUUAGGAAGUAUGAUAACUCGCCAUCGAUAAAACGAGAGAAAAAAAAACCCAAAAUAAUUAUGAAUACAAAAACACCUGAUUGCAUUUCUUUCCUUAAAUCAAGUAAGAAAGAAGCGAUAGUCAUGUUAAGUUGUGUUUCACACAAUCAUGGAUAUUUAUUUCUAGUUGUGUUAAGCAUGAUCAACAGGAACAAGUGAUGCAUAAAAUGCACCUUUCUGUACAUAAUGUUUAAAUAUAUGUAUAUAUAUUUUGCAAAUAAAACUGAAACAUCAUA